GCGCCGCCGGGGCCGUAGCUCGGUCGGGCCCGGGUCUGCGGCUCGCGGGGGGCUUGGAGGGCGGCGACUCGGAGGGACGAGCCGGGAGCGGCAGGGCCCGGGGGCGGGCGGCGCGCAGGCGGCCCUGCCCGGCGGUGGCCCGGGGCGCGCCGAGGGAGCCCAGCCGGUGCCGGGUCCUCGGGGCUCGGCGCCCUCUGGGUCUGCGGCGAGGGCGGCGCCCCUGCCCGCCAUGAGCUCCCCGCCGCCCGCCCGCAGUGGCUUUUACCGCCAGGAGGUGACCAAGACGGUCUGGGAGGUGCGCGCCGUGUACCGGGACCUGCAGCCCGUGGGCUCGGGCGCCUACGGCGCGGUGUGCUCGGCCGUGGACAGCCGCACGGGCGCCAAGGUGGCCAUCAAGAAGCUGUACCGGCCCUUCCAGUCGGAGCUGUUCGCCAAGCGCGCCUACCGCGAGCUGCGCCUCCUCAAGCACAUGCGCCACGAGAACGUGAUCGGGCUGCUGGAUGUGUUCACUCCUGAUGAGACCCUGGAUGACUUCACAGACUUUUACCUGGUGAUGCCCUUCAUGGGCACGGACCUGGGCAAGCUCAUGAAGCACGAGAAGCUGAGUGAGGACCGGAUCCAGUUCCUCAUGUAUCAGAUGCUGAAGGGGCUGAAGUAUAUCCACGCUGCCGGCAUCAUCCACAGGGACCUGAAGCCUGGCAACCUGGCAGUGAAUGAGGACUGUGAGCUGAAGAUCCUGGACUUCGGUCUGGCCAGGCAGGCAGACAGGGAGAUGACGGGAUACGUGGUGACGCGGUGGUACCGGGCACCUGAGGUCAUACUAAAUUGGAUGCACUACACCCAGACGGCGCUGACCGGGGCGUCUGUGUCAGUGGACAUCUGGUCUGUGGGCUGCAUCAUGGCGGAGAUGAUCACGGGGAAGACGCUCUUCAAGGGCAACGAUCACCUGGACCAGCUGAAGGAGAUCAUGAAGGUGACGGGGACGCCUCCGGCCGAGUUUGUGCAGAGGCUGCAGAGUGCCGAGGCUAAAAACUACAUGAAGGGCCUCCCCGAGCUGGAGAAGAAGGAUUUUGCCUCCGUCCUGACCAAUGCAAGCCCUCUGGCGGUGAACCUCCUGGAGAAGAUGCUGGUGCUGGAUGCGGAUCAGCGGGUGACAGCGGCCGAGGCGCUGGCGCACCCCUACUUUGAGUCCCUGCAUGACACGGAGGACGAUCCCAAAGCCCAGAAGUACGACGACUCCUUUGAUGAUGUGGACCGCACACUGGACGAGUGGAAGUGUGUCACUUAUAAAGAGGUGCUAAGCUUCAAGCCUCCCAGGCAGCUGGGGGCCAGGGUCUCCAAGGAGACAGCCCUCUGAAGACCUCUGGGCCAAGGGGUGGUGGUGGGGGACAUCCUAGGGACCCUGGCUGGGGCUUCACGCCUUAGCCUUCCACCUGGGAGGGGAUCCUGGCUAUCACCUUGACCUUGGCUGGGCUUGCAUCCCAAGGCAUCUCCUGGGAGAGGCUGAGCAGGCCCCUCGUUUCCAGGAUCGCUCUUCCCUCCCUCAAGCCUGUUUCUCUGCUUUCGGGCACCCACCUUAGCUGACCUUAGAGGAGCGUCUGAACUUUCUGGACAGGACCCCAUCUGACCUGGGGCUGGCCUCUGACCCCUGGAGCAGGGGCCCCCUUCGGCCAGGGUGCAACAAGAAGCCUAAAAGCUGGGAGGACUCAGGGUCAAGUCCUGGCCUCAGUCCUGCUGGAGGCCCAGCGCCUGAGAAGAAAGGACAGAGGGAGGGCACAGGGUGCCAUCUCAGGGACAUCAUCUCUCCUGGGGGUGUGUCUGUGGACUCUCCUGCACCCCCCAGCAUGGAAUGUAAGUCAGCCGUGGGGUGUGCCCACAUGGCUGGAAGGAAAUAAACCGUUUUGUAAAUCUC